AUGGCUCGCUUUGAGGGAUUAGCCGCACUACACCAGUACGGGGAUGGAAUCAAAUGUAGGAUCUUCGCCAUGACUCUGUCAGGUAUGGCUCAGCGAUGGUUCCACAACCUCAGAAGUAACUCCAUACAAACCUACGGUGAUCUUCACCUCAUGUUCAUGAGACAGUUCGCUAGUGCAAAGAGGGUAGGGAAAACGCCAAUUUCUUUGAUGGACAUCAGACAGGAGCCCCAGGAAACGCUUCGCGAAUAUGUGGCACGGUUCAACACAAUCGCGUUAGAUAUAGCAGAAGUAGAAUCUCAAAUCAAGUGGUACGCCUUCGCUAGAGGGUUAAAGCAAGGCCCACUCUUUGAGGCACUUCAGAUUAAGCCGCCCACCAGUUUCGAGGACAUCAUGACAAUAACACCAGGGUAUCUUCAGUUGGAAGAUGCGAAAAUGGCAAGAAAGGCAGAGGCCGAUAAACUCAAACCCAAAAAGCAAGACAGCGCAGACACCGGGGAAAAAUACAUCGCGAGGAACCCCUACCGAGGAUUACCUCCAAGAAUUCCAACAAUGGCUGUUGAGGCCGAAAAUGGCUCCUACCAUAUUGGCAGUUUUGAGCAGUUGAAAGUUGCGAAAUUUUGA